CGCGCCGAGGCUCCCAGCAAAGCAAAGCCUCACAGCUGCGCAGUUCCAGCCUCCAUAGCUCGGCCAGCAAACUAUUCCGCCUCAUCGUAUCCGUCGCCUCCGAUUCCUUGCGUUCCCUUCCUCCCUGGGAGGUCUCAGCGAGGAGCGAGGAGCUGAGGAGACGCCGAAUCGAUCUCGGUCGGGAUGAAGAGCCGGAGGCAGAGCAGCGGGGGCAGCUCGGCCGGCGCGACCGCCGCGGGGGAGGGGAACACGCACAGCAGCGGCGGCGGGUGCAAGCUGGAGAGGAAGGACGUGGAGAAGAACCGGCGGCUGCACAUGAAGGGCCUCUGCCUCAAGCUCUCCUCCCUCAUCCCGCCCGCCGCCCGCCGCGCGUCCCUGCUCUCGGAGGCGGCGGCGUCCGCGUCCAACCCCAACAAGGACGCGGCGACGCAGCUGGAUCAGCUGGACACCGCGGCGGCGUACAUCAAGCAGCUCAAGGAGCGGAUCGAUGCGCUGAAGCGGAGGAAGGAGGGCGGCGGCGGCCGUGCCGCCACCGCGGGGUCCGGCGCCGUGCGCAUGCCGGUGGUCGAGGUGCGGUGCCAGGACGGGGCGACGCUGGACGUGGUGCUCAUCAGCGAGGCCGGGCGGCCGUUCAAGCUGCACGAGGUGAUCACGGCGCUGGAGGAGGAAGGCGCCGAGGUCGUCAGCGCCAGCUUCUCCGUCGUCGGCGACAAGAUCUUCUACACCAUCCACUCGCAGGCGCUCAGCCCCCGCAUCGGGCUCGACGCCGCCAGGGUCUCCGAGAGGCUGCACGACCUGCUGCUCCUCGCCUGACUCUGACGGACGAACCACCUGAACGAACAUCACCAGCGACGGUGCUGACGAGGAAGAUCUACUGUAUUGUUAGCGUAGCUAGCUAGUCGAGGUCAGGACGCACGGACCAUAACUCCAUAAGCAUAGCCGGCUGAUCCAGGGAAGGGAAGCUUUGGUUUCUUUGCAGUUGUGCAUACGUAGGAGCAAGCGAGCAGACUGCUUUUUUUUUCAGCUCGAUCUUAGAACGAAAUGGCCGGUGCUGUACCACACUGGAGUGAGUACAUGCAUCCUGUCUCUGUUCUAUUACGUGCUGUUUCAGCUUCCUGGUGUACUACUGAUACUCCACUGAAUCGGAUGAUGCACACUUGUGUGCCUGUGUGUUGCAGCACACGUUCUAGAAUCUAA